GCCAGCUAAAGUUUAAAGUGGCAUGCUACCUUUCUCACCUCAAGAAUUACAUCAAACUACAUCAAUUAUCUCACUAUCGACGUAUAACAAAAUAUACUACAUUUUGACCAGUUAUGAUUCAAGCUAUCUUGUCUACUGAGAUUAUUAUUGUUUCGAAUUUCCGAUAAAGAUGGAAGACUAUAUGCAAUAUCUAGCCCAGAAGCUCCUCACGGAGGAUCAGCUUGUUACCUAUCGGCUCUUGAGCCGAACUUUAAACGUCCAUGUCAAUACUGCUAAAGAGAUGCUUUAUGAGUUUCACAAGUCGCAGAAUGACAAACGCCCGGGAUCUCUUCAUGCCACAUAUCUCGUAUAUGGCACUAAGAAGGCGACAGUGAAAGUAGAAGAAUCAGGUGGCGAUGUAAAGAUGACCGAUUCGCAAACUUCGGAAGAGAUGCAUGAACCCUUCUCGGAUGAAGUCCCUACUUAUACCCUCUCUAUAGUCAAGGAGGAGCAACUACAAGAUCUACUAGCAGAGUAUGAUGAAGUGACAUCGAUACAUAUCUACAGCUUGGCACCUCACCCCCUUAAAGAUCUUCAGCUCUUAGCCGACACGGCUCGUCAGGUGUUAGAGUUGUCUACAAAAGGCGAUGUUCCAGCUUCGAGCAAAGCUUUUGGUUCCAUUACCAAUCCCAAUGUGCGUAAGAGGGAACGCCGCGGGCCGGCACUGAAGCCUGUUACCAGCGCAUCCACCCCUAGAGCUUCACUAAAAGCCGAAAGCAAGGAGGAGGCAAAAUCUGCUGAAGUUAAGGAGGAAUCCAAGAUAGCACCUCAAGCCAACGUUAAGGGUUCAACAUCAGCUACUCCUACUGCUACUACUACUACUAAAAAGCCCAAUUCCGCUGCUUCAAUGAAGCGACAGGGCUCGUCUGGUAUUGGGCAGAUGUUUGCUAAGGCUGCUGCUAAGCCUAAAAAACCCGCCGCCAAGGCUGCUGCCGGUGCCGCUGAGGAGGAUCAAAAGAUGGCCUUAUCUGAUGAUGGAGAGGACGACGUCGUGCCAAUGCCUGAAGUCAAGCAAGAGUCAGAAAGUGCCAGGCAAUCAAGGAAGAACCGUCAAGCCGAACUCCGUCGCAUGAUGGAAGAGAGUGAGGAGGAGGAAGAGGAGAAAGCGGAGAGUCCUGUUGAGGAGCCCAUGGAGGAAGAAGAGGAGGCGCCCCCACCUGAACUGGAACCCAAGGCAGAAGAGCCCGCGGAGGUAGUAUCGAGCACAGGUAAUGGCCGAAGGAGGGGCAGACGACGGGUUACACGCAAGAAGCAGGUCAUGGAUGACAAGGGAUACUUGGUGACGAUACAGGAGCAGGGCUGGGAGUCGUUCUCCGAGGACGAGGCUCCGCCGCCACCUAAACAGAAGCCUCAGCCGGUCAAAUCGGAACCUGCUGCGAAGCCCAAGAAGGCGGCUGGUAAGGGCCAAGGCAACAUCAUGUCCUUCUUCUCGAAGAAAUAAGGGUAACACUGCGUAUUUAGAGGCUUGUGUGCGAGAGCUGGUCAUCGGAAAUAUUAAGAAAAAAUACAUAUACAAAGCCCUCCUAUCACUAGGACGGUCUAAUUGUCCUAAAAUACCUAUCCGUAAUAAAGCAAUAAUUCUAUCAUCAUAUUUUAUUGGCAUAUCACUAUAUUAUGAGAUGCGAUUCCUCUUAAGUUCUCAAGGUACUCAAGGCCGCUAUUCACCUUACGGUACAUUAUAGUGACUCAAUGCGUAGCCUCGAUGCAUAUACUCCGACUAGAAAAUGAU